CCGACGUAAGGAACAGCCAGUGAUUUGGCGCGUGAGACAAAAUUUGGUUUGCAGUUAUGAUGUUUACAAUUUUCUUCCGCUUUCACAAUGGAGAGGGGAUAUGACAGACUGGAAAUGUUGAAGUUAGAAGAGUUUCAGAUGUGACUCUGGUGCUGUUUGGAUGCAAGAUGGCUAUGCGUGAUGGAAGACCCUCUUUUACUGAGAUUUUUAAGGCUCGGUGUGAUACAGAUUUAGGUCCACUUAGUGUAAACUGGUUUGAAGAACUCACCCUGCAGACUCCAGCUUACAGGCCUAAGGAGUUGGAGGACCAAUGCCAUCCAGCUAAUUGGUCAAAUGAAAAUUGUUUCAAAACACCAUGGAGUAAGCCACCACCAUGCAGUCAACUGCUAUCAACUCCUGCAGUUUUCAAAGAUCACUCUUCUAGAGUUCCUCUUGACUUCACUCCUGAGAAGGAUGUGUCCAAAAAUGUCUCACAGUUGUCACAUCCAGUACAUGAAAUUGCAUUGCCUUCCUUGACAAAAACACCUGUAUUAAAAUCUAAGGCCUUUCCUGCUGCAUGUUCACAUGCUUCCCCCAAUGAAAGCCCAGCUAUUUUGCGAGACAUGUGCAGAACUCCACAUCAGGUUAAGAAUUGUGGUGUUUUUGGAGGACUGUUUUCUACACCAAAAUAUCCAGAUACACUGACUCCGAUACGCAUUCGGGAAAGUCUUGGUGCAGAAACAGACCCAGACAUGUCCUGGACUAGCUCAUUAGCAACGCCUCCUUCGCUUACACCAACUGUUAUUAUAGCAAAAGAAAAUAAUUGCCUUCCUGAAACAAGCUUACCGGAGAACAGAACUGCUAUUGUUGAUUAA